AACAGUCUCACAAAAGGGCGCAUCAGAGCUGUUCAGGAGAUUGGGUAUCUUGGAACACUCUUGCCACUGAGAACAUUGCAAGAAAAUGGAAUUCAUGACAGCACAAGAAAGCGAUUCUUCUGCAGUGCUGCAGGGAGGAAUUGCGACUUCAGAUCAGGGCUACCUUUUCAGGUCCUUUUGUAGACUUUCUUUUGCGCAUGGGCAAAAAAGCUUAUUGGGGGGUGGCUGUCGUCACCCCCAUUUGCACAGAUACAGUUUCUCCAGUGCAUUUUCCUAUAGGCUGUACCCCAAAAGAGUCCUAUUCUGUUCCUUUUCACUAUAAAAUGCUGGUCCCAGAUGCGGGAAGCACGUGUGGACAGGGUCCCAAGCCAAGUCCAAGCAUUUCCCAGAUGAGAGUGAACGGCACACCCUGGAUAAUAGUGAGUGCCCCCCUGUCGCGCAACCAGACGGAGACCCUUUUCCGCUGCUCCUGUGAUACGGAGCGAUGCCAGCCACUGCAAGUACCUUUGCUGCGGGAAGAAAACAUCACCUCUGAAAUAUCCCUGGGCCUCUCUCUGGCUGUUGACGAAGCAUCCAAUUCUAAACUAAUAGCUUGUGGUCCGACUUGGAAGCGCCGGUGUGGGAAAAAUGAUUACCUGAAUGGCGUUUGUUAUAUUCUGAACAACUUUGAUCAAAGCGUGAAAGAGAUCCGGCCAGCUUUCCAAGAAUGCUUCUCUGGUGUGGAUGCUGCAAUCUUGUUUGAUGACUCCCACAGCAUUGUUGAUUCUGAUUUCCCCAUCAUGUUGCAGUUUAUCCUGAAGCUUAUAUCUUCUGUGGCUGGGCCAAAUGUCCAGUUUGCUGUUGUCCAGUUCUCUACUGAUUUCAACAUUGUGGUUAGUUUUGCUUCGUACGCCCAUCUUAAAGGCCGAGUGGAAGACCUGAUCAGCCGUGCCAAACACAGGAAAGGAAAUACCCACACCCCAGCUGCUAUUCGCUUUGUAGCGAAUGAGGUCUUCACUCUUGAGCAGGGGAUGCGACAACACUCAAAGAAAUCGCUGAUCGUCCUGACAGAUGGGUUAUACAGUGAUACAGUCUCACUUGAUGAAGCCAUAAUGGCCACAGACAAAAAAGGAAUCGUCCGCCAUGCUAUUGGGGUUGGUGAAGUGUUUAACAAAUCAAAUGCUCAAAAUGAGCUGCGCAAGAUUGCUUCGUCCUCUGAGAAUGUCUUCUCCGUGAGCAGUUUUGAGGCACUCGAUAGUCUUCAGAAGCAUUUGAAGGAGAAGAUCUUUGCUAUUGAAGGGACCUCUGGCAGUUCAUUUCAGCAAGAAUUCUCACAAGGUGGAUUCAGCACACUCCUUACCCCAGAGCACGUGGUGUCAGGAGCUGUUGGUGCCUAUGGUUGGACCGGGGGUUUGGAAGAACAGUCCUUGGGAGACCUUCCUGAAAUCCAUUUCAUAAACAUGCCUCUUCCCAGGGUGGACUUCAACGACUCAUAUCUGGGCUACGCCAUGGCACUUGCUCAUUUUGGCCCAAGGAAGUUCUACAUAGCCGGGGCUCCGCGGUACCAACAUGUUGGGAUGGUCAUCCUUUUUGAAAGACAGAACAAAGAGCCAGUGGCUUCCAUUGAGGGCAGACAGGUGGGUUCCUAUUUUGGUGCCGAACUUGGCACUGUGGAUCUGAAUGCAGAUGGGAACACGGACCUCCUCCUGAUCGGGGCUCCCCUUUUCUACGACGGGAUACGAGGAGGGCUUGUCGAGGUCCACUCCAUCAAUGUCACGGUCAGCCAAUCAACUACGGGUAUCUCUAAUUACCUUCAGACACUUCGUGGGAUCUCUGGCAGCAGUCUGGGCCGUUUCGGGUCUGCCCUCUCCCCCCUGGGAGAUGUGAGUGGGGAUGGCCUCACAGACGUGGCUGUUGGAGCCCCCAUGGAAGAUGAAAACCGUGGGGCCAUUUACAUCUUCCUCGGAGAAAGAGACAAGCUGAGGGAACAGUACAGUCAGAGGAUCACCGCAGCUUCUCAAUCUCGUGGGCUGAAGUUCUUUGGGCAGUCCAUCCAGGGAGGAUUAGACCUGACCAGAGAUGGAUUGGGUGACUUAGCCGUUGGGGCGCUGGGAAAGGCUGUGCUUCUUCGAUCCCAGCCUGUUUUCACUGUCGUUUCUUCGCUGAAUUUCUCACCUCACUCGAUACCCCCAGAUGAUCCAAACUGUGCAAGCAGGAAAGUGGCAGGAGUCGGCCCACGUGGGACCCUCAGUCUUUGUUUCACCCUGAGACUCAUCAGCACAAAAUGGAGUUCUGGAGGUGCUCUCAGAGCUGCCAUCUCCUUUGACCUCCGUGUUGAUGCCAACCAGUCUAUACCACGCCUGACUCUCGAGAAAGAGGAGCGCAAUGUCUCAGAAACCAUCCACGUGGGGAUGACGCCGAUCUGUGUCAACAAGACACUCCUGGCCCAGCUCUGCUUGGAUGAUACCGUCUCUCCACUAGUGCUGAAAACAGAUUUCUCAGUUGCAGCAAAACCAGAUCCCUCUGCCAGGAACCUAAAGCCCAUUCUUGAACCUGGGACCAACUUGUCCAUCACUGUUGAGGUUCCUUUCCGUCGGAACUGUGGCUCGGAUGACAUUUGUACGUCUGAUCUUCGGAUCUCUUUUAACUUUUCCGGGUCAAGCGGUCUCAAACUGACUCCCCGUUUCAUUCUGAACUUAACCGUGAAGCUAGAAAAUGUGGGCGAGACGGCCUACGAGGCAGACCUUUCCUUCUACUAUCCUCCUAUCUUGUCUUUUCAAGGAGCUUCAGUUCUUCAGUCUCACUGGCGCCUCUCCCCUGCCUGUAAAAUGCACGCAUCCGGAUCCCAAAGAAACACAUCUGUCGUCCGCCACAGCUCCUGCCGUUUCAGCCCACGGGAUCUCAAGGAGGGCACGCAGGCCCUUCUCCGGCUUUCAUUCCGUUCUUCUGGAGAUGACUCCUGGGACAGAAAGCUUGUUUCCUUCACUGUCCGUGCCCAGAGUAAGAAUGAAAAUGACACUCUGGACGAUAAUGAGGCCACAGAAUGGCUACCUGUGCUUCACCCAGUCAACGUCAUCGUGAAGGGACUUGAAUCUACAAGAUACCUCAAUCUCUCUGCUGAGAUGCCAGAGACAAAGAUUGUCACACACAUCCAUGAGGUCACGAAUUUCGGCAAGCGUUCCACCCCGGUCAACGUGACCUUCCAUUUUCCCAUGCAAACUACAGUGGGAUUUUUGUGGAAUGUAACCUUGAUCCACAGUGGAGUGAGGAACCAGUUCGUGUGCAGGCAUCCGGUCAUCCUCCAAAUGGCAAACACUGCGGACUCCAAAGCACCAACUACGAAAGGGUGCCUGGGAUCUUCUGUGUGCGCCAGGAUCCGGUGCCUGAUAGCCAAUCUCUCUCAAGAGUCCAUCCGGUUCAAUUUUUCAGGGGAGUUUUACAGACCUCAAAAUGAUUCCAAGCUCUGGUCCCAGACUCUCCUUCUUCGCAGUGAGGCCUCAGUGAUGAUAGAUGAGUCUAGAUUUUUCCAGAAUCAGCCAGAGGAAUUUCAUUACAGCCAGAUCACCACAGAAGUUGAGAUAAUCUCGCCGUUCAACCCCAUUCCUGUCAUCGUCGGCAGCACCAUUGGAGGCCUCGUUCUCUUAGCCAUUCUAGUGGUCAUCUUGUUUAAGUUUGGAUUCUUUAAGCGCAAGCGCAUGUCCCAAGAGGAUAACCCUGCAGCAGGACCAGCUGCCCCUGUGGAACAAGCGGACCCACCAGCCCCCCAGGCACCGGCUGACUCCUGAGUGGGGAAGGAGACAAUGGAGUUGGGAGCGGCCCGAGAGCCAGGACUGUUGGGUUUCUUGAGACGAGGAUGGAGAAACUGGAUAAGAGCCAGGCAGACUGGGAAGAAAGACUUGUGCAAAAGGACUAGGAUGGGGAGGGGUUAAUAGAAGAGGGGAAGAGGCCAGAGGCCAACAGAAUAAUUGAAUAAAGAGCGAUUCUUGGGUU